ACAACAGAAAUUUCCUUAAAAUUCGGCGCACACAAUAGAAAAAAAUAAAAAAAGUCACACAAAACGAAUACAAAACUUCUAAAAAUAAUUAUAAAAAGAAUUGAAAAUAACAAAAAAAAACACCCGAAAGAACAACCAAAAUGGAUGCAGCCAACAAAUCUAUUGAACUUCAAGCCCAGGUACGACAAAACGCCGAAGUGGUAAACAAUGCACUCAAUGAUUUGUACAAUUGGGAAAAAGAAAUCAAGGAUAAGGAACGGGAAAUACAAACACAGCCGGAAAGCAAUACAAAAGAUGUCAAUUUGACUUUGCCGGUACGUAGUCACAUUAAGGAACUGGAUUUGAAAAAAUCCAACUCAACUACACCCUCCAGUACUGUGAGUAAUGGUGUGACGUCCAAGUAUGAUGCUUUGCUGUCACCUUCGAGCGAAAAACAUGAUACACCUUACGAUCCUGUGGAAUUAAAACACAAAGAAGCCAAUGAAAUCAAAGAUUUAGGCAAUAAGCAUGUCAAAAUGGCUGAAUAUCCCAUGGCCAUAGAGGCCUACACUAAGGCCAUACAAAUGUAUCCCGACGAUGCGGUCUAUUAUAGCAAUCGAGCUUUGUGUUAUUUAAAAUUAGAAAAAUAUGAUGAAUGUAUCGAGGAUUGUGAACGUGCCAUUGACAUUGAUCGUUUGGCGGUGAAAGCCUAUUAUCGGCGUAUGAUGGCCAAUGAAUCGUUGGGCAAUAAUAUGGACGCCCUCAAAGAUUGUACAACAGUAUUAAUGAUUGAACCGAAAAAUACAGAAGCUAGUCGCAGUCUUGAGCGUAUCAAUGAACGCUUGCGUAAAAAUGUCAAAUCCGCAAGUGGUCCAAACUUUAGUCCUCUACGUACAAAUUUGGUGGAUAUUUUACCCAUCGACAAGCCAGCCUACAAACGUUCAACAAAACCUCUAAGUCGCAUAGCUAUUGCAGAUGUAGUUGGUCCUAAGGAUAGUAAAAAUUAUGAAAAUUUAACAAUUUCAGACGAAGACAUCGAUAAAUUGUUCAAUAGUAAUUGUGGUCAUUUUGAGGAAAUAAAGCCAUCCACUAAUAAGGAAAGCAAUAUGAAAUUGGCUGCUACUAAUGUACCUAAACCUUCCAAAAUGGAGGAAAAGAAAAAGGAAACUUUGCCGGCCAUUAAUAAACAAGAAGAUUCUAAUAAAAUUACAGCAAAUGAAUUUAGUAGUAAAAGCGAGCGUCCUCUGCCACCUGCCCCCAUUUCAACGGCUCAAUUUUAUUCCAACUGGAAAGAAUUGACAGCUCAACAAAAGUAUCAAUAUUUAAAGAGUAUUCCCCUUGAACAAUUAUGCAAAAUAUUGGGCGCUGGCUUUGACUCGGAUACUUUAACUGACGUCAUACGCACUUUGCAUGAUUUCUAUUUGCUGCAAAAAGAUGCCAACACUUCUGCCACAUUAUUGGAAGUUAGUAAAAAUAAACAGGUGUCCAUAUUGUCCCUGCUAAUGUCCAAUGAGGAACGUAAAGCAUUAACGGAAAUUGUCAAUUCCUUAAAGGAAAUCAACUCCAUAGAUACUACCUCAGCUGAACAAAUUAUGAAGAAUUUCAAUUUAAAUUAAUAUUUACUCAAUUAUGUAUGUACUUGUUUAGUUCUACUAUAUGUUUUUUUUUAUUCUGUUUUAUUUACAAAAUUAAUUUUGAGUUCAUUUAAUGAGCUGGGUUUUAAUAAGAAAAUAUAAAGAAACUAAUAAAGGAAGUGCAAAUUUAUUGUUCCAAAUAA